AAACGUGAACAUUUUUUCCAUAUUUAAAUUCAGAUCUUGAACGUAACGUUUAUUUAAUCAUUUUUUUAUAAAUCCACGCGUUCAAUAUUUUCCUACUGUGGAUUGAAUAGGCAAUUAUUCUAACCUUGAAGCAUGUUGCUUCAAAUGACAUUCACCUUUCAAAUAUUUUUGAAGAAAAAUAAUAUCGAAUUUUCAUCGUGACGUUAUCACAAACAUGUGGUUUGCUUAUCAGUAAGAUAAGGAAAACAAAAAUAUGCAAAUGAAUUUCACGUGAUUCCUAAAAAAUGAUAACUUAUUUGCAAAAUUGCGUAUGCAUGAUGGAAUUUCGUAAUAUUGAUCAAAUCAUUUACUUACCUAGACCUACCUACCUAAAAACAAAGUAUUGUAUUUUAUGACCGAAUAUUGUCCAAUGUUUAAACCAUAAGUCCUGUGAUUGAAAAUUCUCGCGGUAGUGAUAAAAAUUUUAAUGUGCUGUUAUUAAAUUCAUAAAUUGCAUAAGUGAGAGUGAUUUUGAAAUGGAAUACAUUAUGAGACCAUCAACAAUGAACCCUACGAUGCCCUCUGAAAGACUCGAUUUCGAUACAGAAUCAUCUGGUUCGUCAUCUUCGAACGAAUGUUCGUACAUAUCUUCAAGAAAUCAUAGGAAAUGUUUCUGGAAAGGAGGUGGUGAUUAUUCCGGUGCUGUGAAUAAAACGCAGUUAUUUCAACAUUGCGUGAAAAACAAGAAGAAACCUAGAAAAGACAAAACCGAAGCAGUUUGUACGUUUAUUAGAAAAAGGGUUCAAAAUGUUCGACAUUCGUUUCAGAAUAAACAUACGACCAUUAAACUCAUCAACGUUCCAGUUAAAAUGAAUAAUAUCUUGGAUCUGUAUCAUAAUUUUAUUCGAUUUGGUACCAUAACAAUGAUCCAGGCUCAGAGAAACAGUAAUCCAUACUGCGCGAUAUUAUCAUUUCUACGCAGCGAAGAUGCAAAAAGUGCAAUGGAAAAUGCCAGAAAAAUUAUUCCAAACGUAAGAGCUGUCUGGUGUAUGGAUGCAUGUCUUUCAACCACGAAUAACGCUAAUUACGUUUACACCGAUGAUACGUGUUCUUCGCAAAAUAUCUCAAACAGAUAUAAGCCGAAUGAUAUUCUUUCCGAUAAGCUUUAUCGUACUCAGCAACUUUUUAACGCUGACGAUAGAAAUCACGCUAUUCCUAAUUACGAUACGAAAUACGAACAAAAUUUGGAGAUACUAAUCACCGAAUUAAUCCGAAAAAAGAAUAGAUUACUCUCGCAGCAAAUGAAUUCCAUGAGGGAAAUAAUACAAAAAAUAAACAAAUGCGAGAUUGGUGGUCGAGAAGAAAAAAUAUUAUUAGAGCUGCUGAAAAAAGUACAAAUUCAAGUUCAAGAAAAUAGAAAAAGCAUCGACUACUCUGUCAAACAAAGGAAUGAGUAUUUUGCCAAACGGAAAAUGUUGACCAGUUGGAAAGGUGUAGAAAAACCAACUACCGUUUGUCCUCCUUGGAUAUCUGCUUUUAGAACUGCAUCAGCAAAACACGCCCAAAGUAUGAAAUACAAAGAGAAAAUGCGCAAAAGAGGCAAGACCGUCCGAGUUUUCCCGAUCAGUGAUGAUGACUCUUCAACUUCGGAAUCUGAAAAAGUAUCUGUUGUUAGUAGCGAUGAAUCUACGACCCCGAAAUAUUAUUCCAUUUUUUGCAGAAAAAGCGCUCUUAAAUGGCCUAAAAAGUUACACGAUGAACGAUAUGAGAGUGAGAUGACUCAUCUUCUUUCCGACGAUAGCAAUUGUCAUGAAAAUGAUUGAGUAUGAACAGGUAAGUCAUAAGCAUAGAGUACCUUUACUUUAUUUUUAAAUUGACCUACGAUUUUUAUAUUAUUCAUUUUAAAUUGCUACCUAAAUUUUUUAUUUAUUUAGGAAGACGUUUUAAAAGCAGGUAAACUAGAUUUAUGUCUUUUUAAAUUGUGAUCAAAAAUUCGAAUUUGAAAUUUUAUCAGUAAAUUUUUAUUAUAAAAACGUACCUAUAGCCGUAUUUUUCAUAUUGUAAAAAUUAUUCAUUUGUUUAUUUAAUAUUCUAUUCAUAAGCAAAUAUGUAUUUCUUUUUUGUGAAAAGUCUUGCAGUGUUGAAAAUUUAGCUCAGGGGUUUUUCAUCGAAAUAAAUUGAAAA